AUGCCCAAAUUCAUCAUCCAGCGUGUCAAGAAUCGUCUCUCGUUGCAGCAGCUUCGCAUCGUCUGGCAAGAGCUUUCGGGGGCACAAAAUGAGCCGCACGAGCGUGAGGCUCUCAUCUUGGAGGGGCUUCAGCUCCUCGUCGAGAUCGUGGUCUGGGGUGAUCAGAACGACUGUCCUGAGAUUUUCGAGUUUGCAAUGGAAAAUCAGUUUAUGGCCUUUCUUCGCCAGCUUUUAUGCCAGGACGCGCCCAUCUCCAUCUACAAGCAAGGCCUGCAGGUCUUGUGCAUCUUCUUCGAGAGCCUCAAGACGCCCACGUCUCUCUGUAUGUGGCGCGUUUGCUGCCGCAUGGUAUCAUGGCCUGUCUUGCCCACGACCCGCAACCCCUGUCUCACCCGUGCUGGAUGCUCAGUUUACAUUCUAUCAGAGAACCACGUGAACGACAUCCUUAGUUUCCCAUUCCCACUUGAGCUGGACGAAGAGUUGCUGGGCUACUACAUUUCCUUCAUGAAGAUGCUUUCUCAUCGCCUCAAUCCCAACACGGUCGCCCUCUUUUGGAACGAGCACCAGCAAAACUUUCCUCUUUACACCGAGGCCGUCAAAUUAUUCGAGUACCCUGAUGCGAUGGUUCGCACUUCCGUUCGGAAUCUGAUCCUUCUCAUCUUCCAAGUGAAGGAAGAGGUGCUGCAGGAUUACGUUCGCGUUACAGGGGCCCCACACCACCUGUCUCAGCUGGUCAAAUCAACGGCCAAGAUCAGCUUGCAACUGGACGCGGCACUUCGUAGUGGUGAAAGUGGUUUGGCCGGUGGCUUGAUCGUGGAGCACCUUGAUCUGUUUCAAUACAUGAAUGAUCUCAUGGUCUUGCCUCAACUGGCCGAUGAUCUGCGCAAGGCUCUCCUCGAGCAGCUAUUUGUGCCCUUGUAUUGUGGGAGCUUGAUUACCAGCGAAGGCCCCAUUUCCCGGCACUUUGCACGGCCGCUGUCCACAGCAACGGCGCUAUUCAUUCUGGCACAGGCCCUCAACGUGUUUGAGGACUCGCCAUUCUUGCACGCCAUCGUGGCCACUUUGCUUUACGGUCGCAGCGAUUACGACAUUGCACAGCACGAGCAUUCGCGAUACGCCAGCGAUGACGAUGAGAGUGAGGAUGAGCGCCCAAGCGACCGCGAGGCGGACAAGGAAGACCACAGCUCAAGCAGAGACGACGACAAGAUGAGCGGCUCCAUCUUUUUCCGGCCCAUCAUUGACUGUCUCUACACGGCCGAGCAGCGUUGUGAUACGGAGGCAUUGCCGGCGUUAAUGCUUUUGUCUAGCAUGAUGGAGAAUCCAAACGUGAGCGCAGCGGCCUUGCGGGGUCGUCGCCUUGAAUUCAUGGCCCCCGAUGGCGCCAUUGGCGACUACAACCAGCAACUGGCCACGGCCCUGUUAAUGUUGAUGGCGCGAGCCUCGACGCUGGCACCGGACAUGCGUCUUCCCUCUGCCACAAACGAUGACAAGAAAGAGGAUAAUGUACCACAGUACCGGCUGAUCACACUCACGCUGGCCAUUCGCUUACUAAACAUGCUGACCACGCCCGUGUCCUCACCCACCCCGACGCGCACGCCUCGACGUGGUUCUCUGACCUCGAAUCUGUCCUCGCCGAGCACUCAGAUGUCGGAUGCCACUUCUUUGGAUGGUGGAGAGCGCACGGGAAGUGCACCACCGUCAGUAAACGGGCCCAGCCAUAUGCUGCUGCGUUCAAACGCCGUCAACCGCUUUUUGGUGGGCUCCUCUUCGCCAACCACGGGGCGCGCCGCAUCUCGCAGUCACCUCCUAGACUCGGACAGCUGCUGCAGACUCAUCCCCGAGCAUCAAUACAUUGUGAUGCGGGUCGCUGCCAUGACUUUGAAGCAGCUCAAGGAUAUGUACACUAUCGAGAUGACCAAAAAAGAAGACCGCUCGGGCAAGUUUUUGGAUAUCUUUGAGCUCGAGCACAAGCGCCUCCAACCACUGCGUCUUGUCCGCUUGUUGAGCAGCGCCACAGUUGUUAUGCCACCCACGAGCAAGAGGCUGCCAGGGGUUGAUUUUGAGCUGCGUUUGCCUGCAACAAAUGAUGAGAAGCUGCGACGCUCCAUUCAGGUCUGCCUGGUGGCGCGCAAAUUUUACUUUGCCGUGAUCGGUGAGCACGACAAGGAGCUGCCGUUGGCCCAGCCGGACUGGCCAGUGGCAAUUCGAGAUACUCUCCCCUUUAACAAGCACCAUGCCAUCAUUCCUUGUUUUGCCAUUACCACGCACAACGGCAAGACGAGCCAAACACGCGUUAUGCUCAGCUUUGACGAAUGGCGCCUCAUUGUGUUGGAGCACAGCACCAUCAAUCACGGAAUCGUGCGGUUGCAUGCGGACCUCUCCUGUGUUCACGUCGAGAAGGACUCGUCUAAUACACGUGGACUGGUCAUCAGCGUUUACGAGCGGCCACGCCACCCGGGUCGUGGUGAUGAGCCACAAUUGGUUCAUACGGCCAAGUACACCUUUAGUGAUCACAUCAAAUGCUAUACGGCUGCUCAGCUUUUAGAAACUGGGCGCAAGAGCCGCAAAGACGGCAAGCUUGGCGCAGUCGCACGCUUGCUCUCAGGCAGCUAUAUCAUCGAGGAGCGGGCCCUGCUGUUGGCUGAAAAAGCUGGCUUUGCGGACCCGCUGGCCGAAGCCCUAAACCCUUUGGGUGAUGCUCAGCCUGCUUCGAGCGCUGUGCUUGACGGGGCAAGCGAUGAUGAUCUCGAAGAUCAAUCGCGCCCUGUUAGUACAACUCCAGCGCCCAGCGAUGCCGUGGUGCAGGACGUGAAAGAGGAUGAAUUGGGUGGGGAGCAGACACAUGUAGCAUGCACAGGUGAGGUGAUAAACAAGUCAUACCUCGUGGCCCAUCAUUUCAGCUACUUGCAGCGCGCUGGCACCGGCCAUGGUUGGGUUUGGAGCGUCCACAUCGGCACCAUGUUGAACCAGCAGUUGCACCAGCGUCAAAUGACCUCCACUAGCGGCGACAUGAAGCGGGGUAUUGCCUUUGUGCGAAGGGCUAUGAUCGCCGUGCGGGCGCCCAAAACAGGAUCCAUGGGUUAUGAUCGGACGGACAAGUAA